AUGGUACUCAGGGAGCGCAGGGGCAAGAAUGGGGUAGGUAUUCUAGUAGACAGGGACAUCAGGGAGCUCGUGGUUGAGGUUAGGAGGGUAAAUGAUAGGUUUAUGAGUAUUAAGUUGGUAGUUGGUGGGUUUACUAUAAACGUGAUUAGUGCAUAUGCUCCUCAGGUAGGUUUGAACCAGGAGGUCAAGAAGCAAUUUUGGGAUGAUUUGGACAAGAUGGUGCGUAGUAUCCCGCAUACAGAGAAGUUGUUCAUUGGCGGAGAUUUAAAUGGUCAUAUUGGGGCUAGUUCUAGGUGUUAUGAUGAUGUGCAUGGCGGGUACGGUUUUAGGGAUAGGAAUGAGGGAGGUAAUUUACUAUUGGAGUUUUCUAGAGCUUUUGAUUUGGUUAUAGCUAACUCAAGUUUCCCGAAGAGGGAAGAGCACAUGGUCACUUUCCGAAAUUCAAUGGGCAAGACUCAAAUUGAUUACCUUCUCAGUAGGAAAUGCGAUAAAGGUAUGUGCACUGACUGCAAGGUCAUCCCGAGUGAGCACCUCACUACUCUGCAUAGGCUCCUAGUUAUGGACCUGGAUAUCAAGAGGAGUAGGAGGAAGAGGGCGGGGUGCAGGAAACCUAAGAUCAAGUGGGGUAACUUGACCAAGGACAAAGAUCAAGAGUUAGGGGAGAAGUUGUUGGAUAUGAGGGCCUGGAUGAGUAUGGGGGACGCGUCUAGUAUGUAG